UUCAUGAUAAAAGAAACCAUGUUUUAUAAUAUAAAUUUAUAAUAAAAACAUUUGUUCAACUCAUUUUGUUUCGUUUUUUCUCGAUCGGUUUGAUUAACGAGCUUGGAAUUGCAGUUUACCGUAUUUGUUAUUCGAACAAUUUGAUAUGGAUUCUGAGAAUCAUUUCCCGUUAGAUCCAUUCAAUGAUGCCACUGAUGCCUCCAAUCUGCGUCGUGAAUGGGAGGAAUGGCACCGCUCAUGUGAAAUCGUUCUGGAGCUGAAGAAGAUCGAAUCUCAGCACGAAAAGCUUCUUUUUCUGCUGGCUCGGGGAGGUAGGGGCCUACAAAGAAUUUAUCACCACCUCGCACCCGUGGCGGGAGAAAUCCAUCCAGAGCCGGUGAAAGUUCCGUUCGCUCCACAAGACGCUCCGGAGUACGACAAUGCUAUCAUGCGCCUCAACGCCUUUUUCGUGGGAAAACGUAACGAAAGAGUAGAACUGGAGGUUUUCCGUUCUCUCCGCCAGGCCGCAUGCUGCAAUUUUGGUGAGCGUGAGGAGAAGGAGUUACUACAACAAAUAACUGUCGGUGCGAUGGAUGAGAGAGUGCGAGAUAAAGGUCUCGAAAGUACCCUGAAUCUGGAUGAGAUCGUGAACUAUGCGAUUAACCGCGAGGUUUUAUUGAAGCAGAAAGUGAAAACGCAUCCAUUUGGAUCCGAAAAUGGAGCCGUGGCAGUGGUUAAGCAAGAAUGGACAAAGAAGGUGAUGCCAAGGAGUGGAUAUUCCACACGACCGGUUCAGUACGAGCGAAAAUCGGAUGGUAGAGGAAGAACAGAAUGUAGCCGGUGUGGAUCUUGGCGGCACCAACGAGAAUCUGAAAACUGCAUUGCCCGAAAUACUACAUGCCACAGCUGCGGCGCUGUGGGCCACUUUGCAAGAAAGUGUACAGCUAACCGGAAUAAGUCAUUUAAAGCUCGAUACUCAUGGAAGAGAGCGGAAACUAAUGCUUUGCGAGAUGGAAAUAAUCAAAGCCCGGGAUCUGGAUAUCCAUUACGACGCGACGAACAUAAAUCUUCAGAGGUAGAAUGAGUUCUUCAUUUUUGCUAACUAUUAGUAUACAAACUGUAAAAGUUAAAUCUUGUCUAAUUAAACGAUGAAUAAAUAAG